AUGCAAAGACAAUCUGAGCAUGAUGUUGGAAGCGCGAACGGUAACGUUAAGGGCGGUCCCUUACCGAAACGCAAACCACCCAAAUUGAGAAAGGGUCCGACCUCAAAGCCAGACACGAAUGGUGUGUAUGAAAAUGGAAUCAAUGGUGCCCCUGUCUCUACCAAAUCAAAAUAUCCCACCCCAAAAUCGGAUAGCAAUACCCCCAACCACAGUCAGAAUGACCCAAAAUCUCCUUCACCUGAAGCGGCAACACAGGUCGAACAUCAGCGAACGCGGCACAACAGAAGAACCCGUCGAGCUUCAUCUUUGUCACAAGGUCCAAGUCAAUAUGAAGACAUCGGGCCCGAACACACAGAAAACGACAGCCAGGAACAACGGACGAUCAAGGAGCGACGCGUAAGCCAUGUACUCAAUCCUUUAGAAAGUCCCCGCGAACUAGGGCGACCACUGAAUAAUGCUGGCGAUCUCGUUCCGACCGCACCCGUUGGAGCUGUCGAGAAUGUGACCGAAACUGUCGAAGCGAAGCCGGAGUCAUCGAAAAAUGAUCAAUUGAAGUUGAGAUUGGAUUUGAAUCUGGAUCUGGAAGUUGAACUGAAAGCAAAGAUCAGAGGAGACAUUACGCUACAAUUGCUGUAA